AUGCCAGCGACGUUUCGCUUUCAAAUUACCUUUCUUGCCAAUUUGCGAAAAUUAAAGUUAGAGGAGGAGCGCGAGCGGGGCGACGCGGGCGAGUGGGCGUGCGGGCGCUGGUUCGAGUACGCGCUGGUGGUGGCGCUGGCGGCGCUGCUGCUGCUGGCCGCGCUCGUGCUGGCGCUCUUCUGGGCGCUGUACUACCGCCAGGGCUUCGCGUGGAGCGACGCGCCGCAGCGCCAGUUCAACCUGCACCCGGUCCUUCGUGCAACGGCGCUGCUGUUCCGCGUGUGCCGCUGCUGCCGGCGGCUGCACGUGAAGCUGUUCCACAUGGUGCUGCACGCGCUGGCCAUCCCGUGCGUGGUGGUGGGCUUCUGGGCGGCGCUGGACUGGCACGAGCUGCAGCAGCCGCCGCUGCCGCACUUCCACUCGCUGCACAGCUGGCUCGGGCUCGUCACCAUGGGCCUCUUCGCGCUGCAGUUCGUGGUGGGCUUCUUCAGCUUCCUGGUGCUGCUGUGCUGCGAGGGCGCCACCGCCGCCUUCCGCGCCGCGCUGGUGCCGGUGCACGCGGCCUUCGGCAUCACCACCUUCAUGCUGGCCAUCGCCACCUGCCUCACCGGGCUCUCGCACAAGGCGUACGAGCUCUACGGGGCGGGGCAAGGCAGUCUAAAUGAGGAGCAACUGAUCAUCAACACCAUGUCCAUCGUCUUCUCACUGUGUGCAAUUGUUGCUGGUUAUGCUCUCAUGCGAGAUGACUUCAGACACCAUGGUCAUAUUUUAAUAGAUUCCGAUGGAUUAUAUGACAUGUGUUUAUAUGCAUUCUAUCCAACAAGUUGGUCUGAGGAAGGGAUAAUCAUAAAUGCCUUGGCUAUGGUGUUGGUAGCUUUGGGAAUCCUUGUGUCGUACACAGUGCGCAGAGAGGGAUCACGUGGGGAAGGCAAGACCUUCCUCUCGGAGCGGCUUUGAGAGCAGCCUUGUCUACCACAUACCUCAUGCCUGCUGUCUGCCAAGCUUCUAGAUUCAGUCCUUAGACUAUCAACGAAUAUAUGUAUUUAUAUAUAUUUAAACAUACUUAAAUAUAUAUAAAUUUUUAUGAGAAGCCUGUGGAUGAAGACACACCAUAAGAAUAGGUCUACCCAAACAGGCUUCUUUGGUGCCAAUUUGAUUGACAUGUGUGUUGUUUUCAUUUCUCUUUACUUUGAGUCAUUGUGAAAGUUAACACACUGAAGAUAUUGACUAGUACCUGAACAUUUGUGAACCUGCUUCAAUCUGUUAGUUAAAAAUAAUUUGAAAUUGAAAAUGCAAUUAUAUGCUCAAAAUAAUAUAUUGUUAUGUAAUAGAAAGCAUACAGAUGUUUGAUUAUGUUUACUCUAUAUCCAGCAAUGAAAAAAUUAUUUAAAAAAUAAGAUUGAUUGUAUGUUGAAUAAAAUUGAUCCAAUGUUCACUUAAUUUCUUGACAAAACGAACAUCAUAAUAAAAAAUGUGGACAAAUUAUUAAUUUGAAUACAUGUAAAUUAAUGUGACUGGUUUUAAAAAUUAGAAGUAAAUGUUUUCAGUGUCUUAUUGUAAUGUUAAGAGUAAUAUGAAUUAGAACAUUCUUGAAGGGACUUUAAAUUUUAAUGGCAUUUUAACAUUCCAAGAUUGGCAGGGCUGUAAAAGUUCAUUGUGUUGACAUCACUCAUUUUGUAUACAUUAUUAAACAGACUACAAUACUAUUAUCUUUAUCAAUUUUUUCUCUAAUUAGUCUUCAGAUGCCUGCCUAGAUGUUAUGGUUGUGAUAAUAUCAAUGGCAUUUUUAUUUCUGAAGGGUUCAGUUAGUCUCUGUGAGUUAAAGUUUCAAGUGUAAAUAAAAACAAGAGUAACUGGUUUUAAAUCUCAACUAGUCAUGAUUUCUGAGACAGAGCUUGCAGCCCUGAUGUACAGUUUCUUCAUUGUGACUUAUAAUUAAUUCAAAAGAAAUAACAAUUGACUACCUACAUUCCUGUCAGAAUUUGAUAUGUCCUGUUUCACUAUGUUUUGUAACAAACAUUUCUAGCAAUACAUUUUGAAUUAAGACAUUUUAACAAUUUUUAAAAACAAUUUAAAAAUCUUUGAUAUUAUUGUAAAGAACUGUGUAUAUUUUGACAAAUGUAUUUCCUUAUUUAAAUAGUUAUUCACUGUCUUCAAUUGAAUAGUUAAAAACAUUUCACUCACACAAGAUAUUAUCUUUCAACAACAAAUUAACCAAAUUUGAAAGGAAUAGCAACUAUUAAUCAGGCAUGGAUCCACAAGGAGGGAAAUUAAGGAAAUUUCCCUCCCUACAAUUUUUCAGGAACUAUUAAUUUUAACUUGUCACAAAACUUUCAAGCAAAAAUAUUUUGGGAUAACCAUUAAAAUGAGUAAAAUUGUAUUGCAGCAUGAACUGAGUGUAGCCUACGAAAUUUUACACAAUCUGUAAUAAGACGUAUUCAACCAAAACAUUUUCAAUUUCUCCUCCCAAAAUUCGUUUCUGAAUCUGCCUCUGUAUUAAUUUUACAUUAUAAAGAUAAUUGUUUUAAUAAAUUUAAAAAACACCAAAGAACAAAAGUACCGUAUACUAUGCACAAUUAUACUGCCAUACUAUCAAUAUUUUAUAUUUGGGACCAUAAGCAUUUAACAUUUUACACUGGAGCAAAUUAUAGGAAGUGAGUUCAUGGGACAUUUUCUGAGCAAUUUUCUGGAAAAAUGUUUAGCCUACUAUAAUUUAUCAUUGAUGUGACUAACAGUAUAUCAUGACUUUAUUUAAUUAAAAAUAUAAUUAAUUCUCUAAGAAUUGGAAAUAUAGUAGUUUAUUCUAUUUAUACCUACACUUUUGUUCCUAGAGUUAUUCUUUGAAAAUAUACUUAUUCUUUGAGGAGCUAGUACUCUCACUGUUCCAACAGCGAGGGAAGUUUGUUGUAAAACUUCCAAAUAGUCAUAAACUUUAUAAAUAUAUACAAUCAUACUCUUUGCAUGAGAAAUAACAUGAAACAUUUUAAUAAGUGGUUGUAAAUAAAUGUAAACUUAGACAAUGAAUUAGUGAUAAUAUUCUGUUUCAAUUCUGUUUUUCUAAUGCCUGUCUUUUGACUGUUUGUAUUGUCUCUAUGGUAUGCUCUGUAGCUGUGUGCCUUAAAUGUGUUCAAUGUAUUGCCAUUAUUUGCUGUUUACAUAACAAUUUUGAGAAUAUAUAUAUACAUGAUGCUCAUUGUUCAUAAUCUCAAUUUAUAAGUGUUUAUAUCUAGGCAGUUUUAAGGAGCAGGAUGUAGAAUUGUAGUUCAGUAUCAUAAUUGUGAGCAUAUUUUACUGUAUGGUACUUUGUCAAUAAAGAAUUCAAUAUGUAACAUUUUAAAUAAACAUUUUUACCUUGCUGCUGUAACCUUUUUUCAAAGAAAAGGUAAUUUUCAAAUAUAACAUUUUUGAAUUCCUGAUUAAAAUGAAAUAAAU